UUAGGCGCUGUUGUCCUCACCGGAUUUUACAAUGUUUGCAACCAGCAAGAGAAGAAGAAGAAGAAUGAACGCACAGCAAGCUAACUUGUUAAGGGAAAGAAGCUGGUCCUUUUAAAGCUUUGGGCUAAACAAUGUACCAGUCGGCAUGGGGCAGGCCCUGUGUAUAUGCUCCCGUGGCUCCAUCACCAUCGACAACAAAAAAUACUACUUUGUCCAGAAACUGGAUGAAGGUGGGUUCAGCUAUGUUGAUCUGGUUGAAGGGGCAAAGGAUGGACGAUUCUACGCUCUGAAGAAGAUCUUAUGUCAUGAUCGCCAAGCUCGCCAGGAGGCUCAGACCGAGGUGGAAAUGCAUCAGAUGUACAGUCAUCCCAACAUCUUGAGCCUGGUUGAUUUCGCCUUUGUCGACAGCGGAGGCAAGACAGAAGCCUGGCUACUUCUGCCUUACAUUAGAAGGGGAACCCUGUGGUCUGUUCUGGAGAGACUAAGGGACAAAGGGAGCUUAAUGCCAGAAAACCAGAUUUUAAAAAUCUUCCGUGGAAUCUGCUCUGGUUUGAAGGCUAUCCACGACAAAGGCUAUGCCCACAGGGACCUGAAACCCACAAAUGUGCUCCUGGAUGAAGAUGACAGGCCACUUCUGAUGGAUCUGGGUUCAAUGAACCGGGCGAGAAUUGAGGUCAAAGGAUCCAGAGAAGCCAUGACUAUACAGGACUGGGCAGCUCAACGGUGCACAAUUUCCUACAGAGCUCCUGAGCUCUUUCAUGUAGAGAGUCACUGCAUUAUAGAUGAGCGCACUGAUAUUUGGUCGCUGGGCUGCGUGCUGUUUUGCAUGAUGAUGCUGGAGGGCCCAUAUGAUCUGAUAUUUCAGAAGGGGGACAGCGUUGCCCUGGCUGUCCAGAAUCCAGUGACCAUCCCACCAACUUGCAGUUACUCAGAGGGUCUCCAGAUGCUGCUGAGCUCCAUCAUGGUUUCAAAUCCCCAGGAGCGACCAAACAUCAGCUGGGUUCUCGAUCAGGUACAAGACCUGCAGAGCCGCAGCCCAAACACCCAGACCAACAUGGUCUGAUUCCUGCUCGGCGCACUUCAUGUAGCGCCACGGACACUUCACCACUUCAGCUUAAAACGUCACCUUUUUAUUUGUUAUUUUACAGUGCAAAAUUGGUGUUAUCUUUUUUUUUUCACAAUCUAACUCCAUAAAUACUCAUAAAAUUAAAUUAAAUGCCUUAAAUAGUUUCACACCCUUUAAAGCAAGGCAUUACCAUCUCAUUGGUAUGAAGUAAACUCCACAGUUUUCUCUCUUAAUAUUUUUCUCAUAAAUCAUCAGGCUUUUAUUUUAGUUUUUCACUACGUCCAGAAAAAAGGCAGAGAAACUGGCUGGUUUUGUAAGAGAGAAAACGAAAACUUUUAUCGUGUUAUUUUUGUUGGAUUUGUCUGUUUUGAAUGAAAUUAAUCCAAAACCUACAUGAAGUAACAACGUAAAUGGAUUUUAUUGUAGUUAUUUAUACCUUUAAGAGGGCCAGGUUCACUGUCCAGCCUCCCUUUUCCCCAAUGUUUCUGCUAAAUUGAGACAAUGGCUGUAUUUUGAGUAAAUAUAAUUAUCAAAUAAAUGUAUUAGGUGCAUGAAUACAUUGUUAUGUACACCCAUCUUGCAACCCUUGAACCCAGCACCAUGAUUGCUGCUCCUGAAGCUAUUCAUUUGAGAACAAAAAGAAAAGGCCUACAGCACUUUGGACCAGGCAGAGAGGAGAGUACUGUAAUGAUUGAAUGCAAUAAUGCAGCGAGCGCAUUACUAUUCCUGAGGAGCAGAAAUCAGCAGCCAGCUGAUUGUACUAAUUCAUGGCCCGAUUCGUCUUUCCUUUCCUCAGUCACAUCUGUGACACGAUCGCUGCAGCGCUCCAACUUUGUGUAGGAGAGUAAAAUUAUAUUUUGAAUACCUAAUAAUUAGCUUAAUUAUAGCUUCUAUUAUCAUUACAAUAAGAAAAUGUUCGGUUGCAAAACCUUUUGCUAACUUUCCAACGAAUAGCUAUUUUAAAAUGUAUUUUAGCAUGUUAGGAUAUAUUCUCUUUGAAAGACAGUUACUUUCCAUUUGUCCCUUUUUUUAUUUGUUGAUUCCACAGUUUAUGUCCAACAUCUUUUUUCAAUGUAAGCUGUUAUCUUCAUUAAAAAGUUGACUUUAUCUUCUCUUUAUAUUCACAAUCCUUUAGUUUUAGCUGGACUUACCACCACAGUACUUCUUUACAUAUUCACAUGAUUAUUGGUCACCUGUCCAUACUGCCACUUUUUCAAAAUUCAUGAUUCACUGUCUUGCGUCACAAACAGGGGAAAUAACCCGACAACUAGACCAAUAUUGAUUAUAACAAUCACCUAACGGGUUGAUGGUAGUUUUUAAACAAUCCCGAAGAAAAAACUUGUAUUGACAGUAGAUAAAUGUGGUACUGUUUAUGCUUAUUGCAGGAUGACACUUAUUUUUAGUGUAUGUUUUUAUGUUUAUGGUAGUGUUUCUAAUCAGUUUAGUAUUUUGCAUUCCAGCAUUGCUUUCCUGACGUGUGAGCUUUGCACACUUUAGUUCUCUCAGGGUUACACUUACAUC